UACUUCAUUUCCUUUCUUCUUCGUCUCUCCCUCAUCCUUUUUAUUUCCAAUUUUUCUUACUUUUGUCUUCAGAUUUCCAUUUCUGUUUCUACAGGGGGAAAACAUGAAUCACUGUGGGAUCCAACAGAGUGGUAACUUUUCUCCAUUGGUUUGUCCAAAACCAAGGCGGAUCAAUCUAUAUAACACCAUGAACGAGCCUGUUCGGUCCUUUAGAUGGCAGAUGUGCUAUCAACAAGAAAGUUAUGAUACUAAAUCAGGCCCUGAGCUUGUGGACCUUAUCCUAUCUAAGGGUGUUGGUUAUGGUGGAUCAGACCAAACAUGUACACAGGUAGCCUCGUCGCCCCCUUUUUUCUGUGGGUCACCGCCGAGCAGAGUUUCUAACCCGCUAAUUCAAGACGCACGAUUUGGGGAUGAAAAGUUGUCUCCAUUCUCGCCUCUUUCGAUGGUUCCAAAUCCCAAUUCCGCUAUGCCAUCCUCAUCUCCAUCUUCCUCGGCCAGGAAAGGUGGAUGCGCCCGCCCUAACUAUGGCAACAAACCCGCGGUGAGGAUUGAAGGGUUUGAUUGCCUUGAUAUGGAUAACCGCCGCAAUUGCAGCAUCCCUGCUCUCGCUUGAACCCGACCCUUAUUCCGCCAACAAGUACAUAAAAAAAAGGAUUAAAUCAAACCAUCUGUUUGAAAAUACGAAAGAAAAACGAGUAAUUUAGCAAGUUUAGCCUUGUGAAGAGGAUUUUUGCACAUCUUGAAGAAGAUAUUAUCCAUACUCUUGGGUACCUUAAUGUAAAUAGGUUUAAGAGGGCUAUUUAUCAUGUAUAUGUAAGUAUUUAGUGAGUUAACCAAAAAUAAUGGUUAGGUCUAAGAUAAAUAUAAUACCAAUACCCUUCUAGAGAUGAUCUGUAAGUAUAAAAACUAUCAAAAGAAGGGAAUUUUCAAAUUAUGUAAUCAAGAGUCCUUAAGAGGUGAAGAGUAGUAGUACAAAAUGUUUGAGACUUUAUACAUUGAAAAAAAUCUGUAUAAAAUUUUUAAAGUCGUCAAUUAUUCUUGUAGAUACGUGCAUGUAAUAUCUAAUGUUAUACGAGUAUAAAAGUCCAAUUUCUUA